AGUUCAGUGUGUGCGUUUUUGAUUAGUCCUUCUAACUGCGAGGUAAUUGAAGUUAAAUAACCUACAAUCUAACUCAUACUCCAUUAUUACUAUAUUACUUGGCCUUAGCCAUGAAGAUUUUUGAAGCGAACCGACCACCUCCUUCAAGCUUCAUAAAUAUAGAUCAUGAUUAACGAAGAUGCUUCUUUGAGAAGCCACGAUCUAAAUAUGGCAGCUCACUAUGUGUGAUAAGUAGAAGUACCACAACGACAAGAACGACGUCAGUUUUUACUUUCCAAGAACACACGACAACCACGGAAUUCAACGUAACUGACACUCAUACCUCUACUAAUUACGGUUAUACAUAGAAAUAGCAAGACCACCAAAAUGUCGUUACAGAAAGGAGGUUCUUCGUCGUCCACAUCUGCUCUGGGUCUAGUCGAGACCUUUAGCGUUGGGUCAGGCGGCAAGAAGAUGACCUCAUUAUUGGCCUCAAGUGCCGCCAAUGCGGCUACGAUUUUGAGUGCUGUGGUCAACGAAACCUACGAAGAAGAGCUUCGCAUGGACCCCUUUAGACCCAAAAUCUGGAUCGCCUACGUGGAUACAAUCAAGAAAUCAGAUGCAUCGACGAGAUGGCUCAUGUACGAAAGGGCGGUUAAGGUACAAAUUUUUACAACUUGCUUUUUCUGGAGGGUCGUCAUUAUAGGUUCUUUAGGUAAUCAGCAUCAGAUUCUUGUGGUUUCAAAUGAACAAGAUAAUCUGCAUGCUCUUCUUCAACCUCCACUGUUUUUCGCCACUCUCUUUCUCUCCAUCAAUCUUUCCAUCAAUCUUUCCACCCCUUUUUUCCCAACCCCAUUUUCAACCAGGCUCUCCCUCGUUCGUACAAAAUAUGGCGGCGCUAUCUUGAGGAGCGCCGCGCCAACCUAGGCGAGCGCGACUUCAUCCUCGAAGAAGCUUACGAGGAAGUAAACGCGAUUUACGAAAGGGCGUUGGUCUUUUUGCACAAAAUGCCUAGGAUUUGGAUCGAUUACAUCCAGUUUUUGAUGGAGCAGAAGAGGAUUACCGGAACUAGAAGAGCGAUUGAUGCGGCGAUUAGGACAUUGCCGAUCCAUCAGCACUACAGAAUUUGGAACGAAGCAAUACCUUGGCUGAAGGAGGAAUAUGUACUUACUUUUUUUUAGUACACAAUAUGAAUAUCCACCACCCGACUUCUACCACGACCUCAAAAAUAUAAUCUAUUGUCAUUUUGUUUCCUCGCUGCAAAGUUGUAUUUAAUUUUCAGCAUUAUGAAGAUCAGGUCCCUCGUUCCACCUGCCUCAACCUGUUCCGACGCUACCUCAUGCUCGAACCCGGUCAUGUGGAAACCUUUAUCGCCUACUUACUGCAGCAAGAGAUUUUUGACGAGGCAGCGGUGCGUAUGGUCGAAAUUCUGGAUAACGAAGAGUUUGUGUCGAUCAAUAGUAAGAGUAAUUAAGGCUUCCCCUAAUCCAUCCCUGUAGACAUCCCUCAAACAUAUGCGUCCCAAUACAAGGGAGAUACUGACGCAUAUGCUUGAGGGAUUCCCACAGGGAUGAAUAGGGGAGAGCUCUAAAGUAAGCAUCAAUUGUGGAUGGACCUGUGUGAGUUAGUCUCGACCCACCCAAAAGACAUCCGAAGUAUCAAGAUCGAACCGAUUAUCAGACAGGGAAUUUCGAAGUUUACGGAUGAGGUACUUUCCUACUCAAAUAAAUGACACUUUGUUCUAAUAAUUUUCUUCUUGAGUACGACAACGACUAGUACAAGAAUGCUCUCGACAAGAACAAGUCAGAAUACUACAAUGAAUGGCUCUGGUAUUUGGUAACCUGAUUUAUUUGAUCAUAAGGAAAACAAGAAGAGAAUCCUUGUGAUCAAAUUCAGGCUAUCAAAUAGCAGAACCAUUCAUACAACUUGCAAAAAUACAUGAGUAACUACAACUCUUCGUCUUUCACUUGCCUAGCUCAAAUACAAAAUCAAAAAAAUUCAAUAGAACAAAAUAACUCUUCUACCUCCAACUCCACCUCUUCGUCCCUUUGAAUCAAAAAAAUUCAAUAGAACAAAAUAACUCUUCUAGCUCCAACUCCACCUCUUCAUCCCUUUGAAUCAAAAAAAAUCUAGAACAAAAUAACUCUUCUACCUCCAACUCCACCUCUUCAUCCCUUUGAAUCAAAAAAAUUCUAUAGAACAAAAUAACUCUUCUACCUCCAACUCCACCUCUUCGUCCCUUUGAAUCAAAAAAAUUCAAUAGAACAAAAUAACUCUUCUACCUCCAACUCCACCUCUUCAUCCCUUUGAAUCAAAAAAAAUCUAGAACAAAAUUAUAAUUCUUCUACCUCCAACUCCACCUCUUCGUCCCUUUGAAUCAAAAAAAAUCUAGAACAAAAUAACUCUUCUACCUCCAACUCCACCUCUUCGUCCCUUUGAAUCAAAAAAUAUCUAGAACAAAAUAACUCUUCUACCUCCAACUCCACCUCUUCGUCACUUCUCCUAAACCCUAAACCCAGGUCGGCCGUCUCUGGAUCUGCCUCGCGGAUCACUUUAUUCGACUAAACUGGUUCGACAAGGCUCGCGCAACCUACCAGGAAGCCAUCGAAAGUAUCACAACAGCGCACGAUUUCGCACUAGUCUACGAGAGUUACGAAGUUUUCUUGUCGGAUUGGGUGGAGACGAUAGACGAGAAGGAUCCGGUAUAGUUUAAGUUUCUAAAGUAGAUUCCUUGUUGUUUUUCAUGAUAUUAAUCAUAAUUAGUGGAUUGCAUCCUGUUUCUAUGAUGAUUAGGAGAAGUACUUAGUUUAUAGCACGCAUGGUGCAUGGAGUGGAUGGGGCGCAGAGCUUUAAGGGGCGCAAGAAGCUCCCCCUUUAGCUCCAUGCUACCCUACUCCAUGUGAUCUCUGCACUCGCUGCCCUGCGAGCUGCGAAACCUUAUAUAUAAAUUUGUCAUGUUGUUUACCACAAAACCUAACUUCAAUUUCUUCAACAUCACGACCAGGUUGGCGAAGAGCUUCAGUUUGCGAUCUUGGAAGACUUAAUGGAUAAGCGUCCCCUACUCCUCUCCAGUGUCCUACUCCGUCAAAACCCUAACGUUGUCGCGGAAUGGAUCAAACGUGUCGAAAUCUACCGAGACCGCAAUAAUCUCCCUAUGGUGGUGGAGACAUACAAGCAAGCUGUGGGCACCAUUGAGCCUCUGAAAGUGAUAGGGAAAUUGCAAGACUUGUGGAUCCAGUUCGCGCGUUUCUUCGAGGAACACGACGACGGCGAUUUGAGCCUGAAUGUGCGCGAACUGUUUGAAGAAGCGUUGAAGGUGCAUUUUGCACAUGCAGACGACGUAGCGAGCAUCUGGUGUGAAUGGAUAGAGAUGGAACUCAAAUACGAGAACUACGCACAGGCACUACAAUUGGCCAGAUCAGCGAUCACGCAUCCGAAAGACACGUCAAACGCGGCAAGAAUGAAGAGCGUGAGGAGCAAGAAGCUGUGGUACUUCACCUUCGCUACUAAGACUAUUAUGAUUAGAGGACUACAAAUUUUUUUCUUCACGUUCACACUUGUUCUCCUCAUCUCUCUCCUGUUUCUAGGUACCUCGUCCUUGACCUGGAGGAGAAUUUCGGUACGUUCGACACUACGAGCGCCACCUAUGAGCGCAUGAUCGAGAUGAAGAUCGCCACGCCUCAGACCAUCAUCAACUACGCCCACUACCUCGAAGAGUACAAGUACUUCGAGAAAGCCUUCAAGAUCUACGAACGCGGCGUGACGCUAUUCAAGCAGCCCCACUGCAACGACUUGUGGCUUUUCUACCUGUCGAAGUUUAUGCGGCGCUACAAGAGCAAGAAGCUGGAACGCGCCAGAGACCUGUUUGAGGAGGCAAUCAGGGCAUGUUCGAAUUCAGAAGUUAUGCAGAUGCGCUUGCAUGUAUUGUAUGCGAAACUGGAAGAACGAUAUGGAUUGGCGAAGAAAGCAUUGGCGAUUUACCAGCAAGGCUGUGAGGCAUGCAAGAAGGAUCCUGAUAUCCAAGUGAAAAUGUGGACACUGUUGGUGGUGCGAACAGGAGAAAUCAAAGGAGGAGAUGUGGCGAGGUAUAAUUGCUUUUUUUGUGCGUGCUGUUUUGGUUAUUGAUAUGGUUGUAUGGCAAGUACAAGUAGUACUUCUAGUACAACCUACUAGUACUAGAUCUACUUCGAAGUAUUGAUUUAUUGCCUGUAAAUAGUACGAUUAUCGUAUACACCGUGUAACUGAAUGAUUUUCUGUCUGUCCAAUGCCACCACAGAAACGUCCUGAAAUCCGCCAUCGAUGUCCUUCCUGAGGGCAAGGAGCUGAUCCAUUUUGGCCUUCUCUUCGCUGAGUUGGAGAACAGUUUCGGUGAGCUCACCCGUGCCCGCGUCAUCUACGAGCACGUGUCGCAAUAUUGUGAUCCUCGUAAAUACCCCAAGUUCUGGGAAAUGUACCAGCAAUUCGAGAUCCUUCACGGCAACGCCGAUUCCUUCAAGGAGAUGCGUCGCAUCCAGCGCAGUGUCGAAGCGGCUUACGCGCAGGUGCACUUCAACGCGCCAGAUAUCACUACUCAGUUAGAUGAUUUAAAGGACAAGGUGAGCCUGAACCCGAUGGCUGAGGCAGAAGCGGCCAUGAAGGAAGACCCAGAGAAAGAAGGAGGUAAUUCAUUAGCCAACAAAGCUGCAUCACGGAAGCGUGGAGGACAAAUGGACGUUGGUGACGAUAAGAUGGACGCGAAGAGGCGCAAACUACUCGAAGAUCUCGGUGUGACCCAACGCGAACGAGACGCGUACUUCGAGCCGUGUGACAGUUACACAGGCCAUAAACUUGGGUACGUGUUCAAGACUGGUAUCAAGGGCUUGGGCUACUACGAGGAUGUGGUCAUGCAGAGUGCAAGCGCCGGGAAUAAAGCAGGCGUUAUCUCGCGGAAAGCAGUCAGCUACAACGAGCAGGGAGCUGAGGAUCUGGAUUUGGCAGAUUUGGAUGACGAGGAUGACGACGAGGGUCGUGAGAACAACGAGAAGACCAAGCUUGGCGAGGAUGAAAAUGAUGGACAAGCAGGUGGCUCUUCUUCUUCAACCGGCAAAAGCAAGAAAAACAAGAAGAAUGUUGCUCGCGUCCUUGGUGAUGAGGAAAUCGAUCUCGCUGAUCUAGACGACGACGAUGACGAGGUGGUGGAAACGAAUGCGAUGCCUGACUUUUUAGAUGGUGAAGCAAAAGCGCGAUUGGCAAGGAUGAAGGAGGAAGAAAAGGAAACAGCAAGAAAACUACGAGCUGAACAAGAAAGAGAGACAUUGUUGCCCAAAGAAGAUGAGGCACCAGCGAAGAAAAAGAAGCCUAAGCCGGUCGGAGGAGCACUAGCGAAAUUUCAGAAGAAAAACAAGCAGCACUGAUAAUUGAUAUCGUGGUUUGGAAGAUACAACUUCUGCUAGAGGUGGUUGUAAAAAUACUUAGAACACUUCUGCAUCUGAUUUACAGAUAUUACUUAUAGUACUGUAGACUCUAUGCAGCUUCUACUACCACUGUACUUGGAAAUGUUCAAUUUUUUUUUCUUUUGAUCAUGCUUGCAGUCACCAUAUGUUAUAAUGUAUCGCCUAUCUUCUUACCAAAGCUCUCCAUCUUCUUCUUCUGAUAGAAAUACAACGUUGUAGUACAUCGGAGAACAAGUUUCACACAAUCAAUUCUCAACAUGUUGUGAUUGAUGUUUCACGACCACACGCAUGCUUAUUUUGCGCCUCCUUUGACAAACAUAAUUUGGUGCCCCGCCAAAGCCCCUUCAAACUAUUUCAAGGAUAAAAAUCAAACUACACUUCAACAUCAAGAAGAUCCUCCAUAUACAUGACGAUGACGAAUGCUGACAUCACGAUGAAUUAUGUGAAGCGAAUGAACAAUGCUAGACCUUCUUGGCUGCUACACUGCUGCUACUUUGACCAGCACUCUACAACCAGUGCGCAUCUACUUUUCUGGUCUUUA